AUGGAUGAAAAGAUCAAACUGGGGAACCCGAGAAUGAAGAAGAGAUCCAAAAAGGUUGACAAGACUCAGAGUAACAAGUACAAGGUCGCCAUACCAGGAAUGUUCGUCGACCUCGACGUGUACAAGGCUGAUUUUGGUGACCCAGCAGAUCGAAAUCAUGAAGUGCAUGACAUACUUGAUCCAGCUACCAAUCAAAAGGUCAAAGCAGUCUUCAUGCCAAAACGAAAGGCUGGAUACUACGAAGGUGAGAUUUCAUUGUCCAACAAGGUCCAAAAGAGUGAGACUCUUGAUGAUGAUGCGCGGGCGCUUCGCAAUGGCCAAGUGGAUCAAAGCUAUUGUUUGCAUCAGCAGAGCUUUGCCAAAGAUCUUCCAAAGCCUCUUAAAGACGCGCAAACAUUUUCAGAAAGUUCCAGGCCACUUCCACAGCCAGAGCAACCAGAUCAUGACCAGGAGACAUCAGCAAUGAAUCACCUGUCUGAAGUUGAGGAGGCUGAAUGCAAGACUGAACUUGAUGAUUCCGAGUUCAUUGAGCUUGCAGUGGCAAUGCAAUCCAGAGAGGACUCUGAGGCAGUCGAAGGAGGUGCUGCAGCAACAAGCGUCAUGAACAAGACCAAGGAUAUGUCAUGGGGCACUGAUGAAGCCGCAAACACUGAGACCAAAAAUCUCAUCCAGGAUGCGUCUCGAGCCAUCUUCCUUGCACCAGCUGAGAGGUUGCAGUCCAAGCAGGAUCCUGACGAGAAGGUGGCUUUUGGUGCCUUCAAUGAUUUCUUUUGGUUCACUAAGACAGACUUUGGUGAUCAGGUUUCGCAGUUGCAGCCAAAGCUUCUGGGAACAGCAUUGUCAAACAUUCUGUCUAUUGGUGGCACUGAUGACUAUCAACUGUUGACCAGUGAUCUUGUCAGUCUGCUACUUUUGUUUCUGCCAUCUGAGACUGAGAUUGACAAGUCAGUGAUUUGUAAACACGCUGCUAGUGUGCUUGUGACCCUGUCACAGCUUGCCGUCAGCGUUCAGAACAUGCUUCAAACCAACCAGAGCCCAGACCCAGAGGAAUGUGAUAGACUUUCAAGCCAAGUGGAUCUGCUCAAGGCCGGCAACAUUUCAAAGCGUUCCAAGCCCUUGACUCGACUGGCGACAACUGGAGGCUUCAAGAAAAUUGUCCUCUAUGUACAGUCCCAGAUUUCUCGUUGCAAGCAGGACCAUGCAGCCGGCAAACAAGCAGCUUCCUUGCAGGCUGUCCAUCAGGAGAUAUCAAAAAUAUUGUCUGGCAAAACCAAGGUGUCUUCCAACCUGAUGGGCAUGGUUGCGGGCUGUCACAAACUCAAGACGCUGAUUGAACUCAUAGCCGCUUUGCCAUUGAACCCAGAUUCGCAGUAUGUUGACCUCCGUUCAAACAGUAUCUCACUCCGAGACGAUUUGGAGGACUGA